CGCAGAUUGAUGCGGGUAUUCCAUCCGACAUGGGUUGUCGCGGCGACGGCGGCGCUGUGUAGCUGGGCAUCUUCGAAUCAAGGAACAACGAACACCAUUGAUCAAGUUCCUCGUCAAGUUCAAUCAGCUCGUCCCGUGAUCUCACCGCUCGCAUUACCAUCAACCACCGAGAACGUGGCAGGAAUUGCAGGAGUUGGCUCGUCGAAUUACGGCAAGGCACCGACGGUAUGGAGAAGCAAGAAGCAGCGUCAUGCACCAUACGACUAUCGUCUUCGAUUGCUUGAGAAGCAGCGGUCUGCCACAGCCGCACCAUCCGCGACAAUUCCAUCGCCAAACGACUUGGAAGGUCCAAACUCCGGGGACGUAGCACGCACAAGGGUGCUUGACAAAGCCCGCAUGGAUUUACUGACCGUGGACUUGGUCGUGGCAGUGUUGGUCUUGGCAGGAGCAGCAACCAUGUACUUCACCAAGUGGCGUCACUACGACCGCCUGGCAGGUCACGAAGACCCGCUCCAAUACUUGCAUGGCCUGCGGAGAGAAGACAUGGAAGACAUAGCCCUCGAAGCACUCAAGUGGCAAUGCGCCAUUUGCUUGUUUCACAACCCUGAAGAUCGCGACUGCUGCGGUCUCUGCGACACCAAACGCGGAACCGAAGUAGCGCUCGUGGAUAUGAAUACAAAACAAAAGUGUGCCAGAGCCAGGAAACAGUGGCAGCGCCGCGUCGACCCGCUCGAUGGAAACAUUUACUGGCAGCAAGCGUCAAAUCCCGUACACAAUGGCCCCCAUUACUUGAUUCGGCCGACCGCCACCAACGCGACCUCGCCAACCACCAACGACGACAGCAACUUGUUGCAUUUGGAGCGCCUGACGGCCCACUCUGGGGCAGGUGUGGCCAUCUCUGGCACUGUCCUGCCGUCGUGGUGGCUAUCGCAACUGGAUGAUCUGACCGCGCAGAGCUUUUCGCUCAAGUAUGCGUGGCUGCUCACUCAAAUCGCUCACGGGUAUAAAAACUACUCCAAGAUGCAAGUUUACCGCGACAAAAUUUUUGACGAGUCCUUGGAGAUCCUCAUGCUCCUGCGGCCCGACCAUCUUUGCGCGAUGACGCGGAUCGAACUGCUUGGCGAGAGCGGCAUCGACGCGGGCGGCGUCCUCCGUGAAUGGUACUCGUUGCUGACGUUGUCGUUGUUUGAGCCCGAGCGAGGGCUGUUUAUCCCGGCCAACAAGGCCGAGCAAGCGUACUUUAUCAACCCUUCGUCCGGGGUGGACCACGGCCCCGACCACCUCCGUCGGUUCCAGGCGAUCGGUCGCAUGCUCGGCAGCGCCAUCGUCGACGGCCAAGUGCUCCCGUUCCACUUGUGCACGCCACUCUUCAAGGCUCUCCUUGGGUCGCCCCUCGCGUUCGAAGACGUGUGGCACCUAGACUUGAACACGUACAACAGCCUCGUGUAUAUUCGCCAAACCGACAACGUCGCCGACCUCGCGCUCGACUUCAGCGUGACGCUAGACAAAUCCCACGACGUCGUCGACUUGGUCCCGAAUGGCCGCAACAUUCCCGUCACGAGAGAAAACCAGGAUGAAUAUGUCGAGCGCAUGGUGUCGUACUUGCUCUUCGACCGGAUCCAGCCACAGUUGACGGCGCUCGUGCGUGGGCUGUACGAGGUCGUGCCGGCGGAGCUGCUCAUGCCAUUCGACCACAAAGAGCUCGAGCUUCUCGUGUGCGGGCACUCGCACAUUGACGUGGCCGACUGGCGGGCGUCCACAAGUGUUAGCGUCGCGUUGAAAACGUCCAAGUGCAUCAAGUGGUUCUGGGACAUUGUCGAGCACGAACUGAGUGAUGCCGAUCGAGCAAAGUUGCUCCGGUUUGCGACCGGGUCAUCGCGGGUGCCGCUCCAGGGCUUCAAAGGCCUGACGUCGUACGACGGCAAGCUCUGUCCGUUCUCACUCAAAGCGGUGCCGUACUCCCGCGGCAUCUUUCCCAAAGCGCACUCGUGCUUCAACCGCAUCGAUUUGCCAAUUUACCCGACUCGGGAGCUGUUAAAGGAAGCUGUGCUCGCCCUCGUCAACCUCGAAACAACCGAGUUUACAUUGGAGUAGGUGCUGGAACUGGGUGUGGCGUCAAUGGAAUGUAUCGAUCGCUCCAAACACAACCAUCCAUCAUCCCCCAUGGCUCUCCCCGAAACCCCACAAAACAUCCAGACGUGCGGAUGACACCGAGCUCGGCCACUUUCAAACCGACGAUAUGCCGUGAGCUCAGCAACGACGACGUGGUGGUCGAUGCGUUCUAGCGUCAAAACUUUAUAGGACGUUCGAUCUGCUUGCUAUCUCUUCUGUAGGGACGACGCCGCGGGUCUCCCCAGAAGCGACUCGACUUGUUUGUGCCGCGCGGCUUUGGACGUGCUGAGCCCCAUGGCAUUGCCUUGUACAAGCGACUCGAUGGAGCUGUUCCGCUUCGAUUUUGCAUCCGAUGGUCCCAACAGAACGUGCUGAUUGUUUUGUGGAGGCGGCGACGCCGUUGCUUUUUUGGCAGGUUUCGUCGGCUGGACGAUUCGCUCGCCAGCCAUCGCAAGAGCCCCUCCAUGGCUAAUGGAUCGCGCCGACGAGGACGAUUUGUCCAAGUCAGUCUUUCGGCGCAGCUUCCCGCGAAGGAUCGGGGCGUCGUUGGUCGCGUGGAAGUUCCUGGAAUGCCGCGCGAUGUCAAUGCCGCGCGACCGACCACGUUAGCAAACGGCAUGUCACAACGUACUUGGCAAUGGGGCAUCGUGAUUCCGUGUGGCGGUCCAACGCAAAGAUGUUGGCGAAGGCAGCGUCGCCGCAGUACGGACACGAGAACGUUUCGGCAGUGGUACCGUCGUCGCCAUGGAAGGUCGGUGACUCCAGAGGCGCAACGACGUCGGACGCAGUGGAUUUGAUCGCUGCUCGGGUCGCCUUUGCAGGAGGGGCAGUCGAGACAGCAGGGAGAAUGCGCACGCACUCGUCGCUGUGCUGGUUAAACGACACGACGUUUAC